CCAUUAGUACUGGUCAGUAGGAUUGAACCUCCAUGGCUUCAAGCAGUUCUUCCUUUCUGGGCUCAGCACCUUUUAAUUUCCGGCACCAAUCUGCAAUCCGAAUUCUCAGAAGCAGAUCCGCUGGGAGGGUCUCAGUCGUAAAAUCUGAAUCCAAUGUGCGCAAGCAAGAUAUUGUCAUCGUCGGAGGUGGCAUCGCGGGCCUCGCCACCGCUCUCUCCCUUCACAGGUACAGGCUCGGAGUUUCUUCAAUGGUGCUUGAGCAGGCAGAGUCCUUAAGAACUACUGGAACUUCCCUCACUCUUUUCAAGAAUGGAUGGAGGGUCCUUGAUGCCAUCGGAGUAGCCAACGAUCUCAGACCCCAAUUCUUAGAAAUUCAAGGGAUGGUGGUGAAGUCGGAGGAUGGAAGGGAGCUUCGCGCCUUCAAUUUCAAACAGGAAGAUCAAAGCCAAGAGGUCCGUGCAGUAGAGAGACGAGUACUACUGGAAACCUUGAGCGAGAAGCUCCCAAAGGACGCCCUUCAAUUCUCCUCAAAUCUAUCGAACAUUGAAUCCACUCCAAACGGUGACUCCUUGUUGCACCUCGUCGAUGGCUCCAAGCUUCUGGCAAAGAUGGUAAUAGGAUGUGAUGGGAUUCGAUCCCCAAUUGCUAAAUGGAUGGGCUUCUCUGAGCCCAAAUACUCGGGCCAUUGUGCAUAUCGUGGGCUUGGGUUUUAUCCAGAAGGACAACCAUUCGGCCUAAAUGUCAAUUACAUCUACGGACGAGGACUUCGUGCUGGAUAUGUCCCUGUUUCUCCCACCAAAGUUUACUGGUUCAUCUGCUUCAAUUCUCCAUCUCCAGGUCCAAGAAUCACUGACCCAUCAGUGCUAAAGAAGGAAGCGAAGAAACUAGUGGCAAAGUGGCCUUCAGAGCUUAUGAACAUAAUGGAAUGCAGCCCAGAUGAGACGGUAAGUAGGACUCCACUGGUAGACCGGUGGCUAUGGCCAGGCCUGAACCCGGCUGCUUCCUCCGGCAGGGUGGUGGUGGUGGGAGACGCGUGGCACCCCAUGACUCCGAACCUUGGUCAGGGUGCCUGUUGUGCACUUGAGGAUUCUGUGGUUCUUGCUACGAAGCUUGCAAAGGCAAUGAAGUCUGAUAAUAAUGAUGCUGAAAUUGAAGCAGCUUUUAGGUCUUAUGGGAGGGAGAGAUGGCCCCGUGUGUUUCCCUUGACCAUACGUGCAAACCUUGUUGGGUCUAUUCUGCAGUGGGACAACCCAGCGGUGUGCUCUGUUAGGAACAAUAUUGUUUUGCCUAAACUUGUUAGGCUUGGUCCAUUGCUGGAACAUACAAAUUUUACUUGUGACCCCCUUGUGAGCAACUUCUAGUAACUGCAUCAAAUUUAGUCAAUCUCUAUAAUAUAAUAUGAUAAAGAUUAUACAUCUUGUUAUUGUUAUUUGGGGUAAGUUGGCUUCUGAAUCUACCACCCGGAAGCACCGGUUUUACCAUAUUAGACCAUUGUAAUGAUCAGAAUUUCUAUCCGGUAUGCAUUUGCAGAAGUGGCGACGUACACGUCUCUCAUUACAGGAAGAAGAAGCAACAUUGAAACA